AUUUCUAGCCAUUAUUUGUGGAAGAGUCCUUGAGUAGCUAAUAUAUCUACUACGAGAGUUGUCCUCAUUUGACUUUGUUUUGCCUGGAGUACCUGUUACUUUGGAUCCUACUGUUUACUGUUGCAAGUUUUAUAUAUUUAUUGUUGUUAUGGAAAUGGACAUGGAUCAAUCUGCUCAGGAAGAUUCCCAGAGUGUAACCAUGGAUACUGGCCAUAUUGAUUUCGGAGCUAGUGGUGGAUUCACAGUGGAUUUCAGAAGAGAUAAUUCUGGAAAAGAGUUGUCAAAGACAAAGCCUGGCAGAUCAGAGGGCGUGGUGUUGCCGUCCAUGUCACCAGGGAAAGUGGAAAGUUCCUCAGGGUCAGCUGAGUGUUUUAAUGUAGGCGGGGAGUUAGGUCUACGGCCUAGUCUUCUUGAUGAUGUUCUGUCUGACAAAAAGAUGGCUUUGAUGAGAUCUCCAGAGGUUAUACAUUUUCUGCAGACACAACAAGCAAAAAUUGCAGCACAGAAGAGCCUAUCGUCACAGGCAUGUGAAGAGACUAAUGAUACAAACAGGGGAGACAAAUCCUGACAGAAUAUGAUGAUAAUAUAGCCUAGCAAUUCUUCCUGUGAGUUGUCUGUGUUUUCAGAUGGUUAGCACUGGAUACUUAACAAUGAAGUUGGAUACGCUGAACUGCAUGGCCAGGGACAUUUCUAUGACACAUCAUCUGCGAUAUAUUUGAUGAAAAAUCACUGGCCCUCUUCAUAAAUCCACAAACCUUAUUACUGGAGAUGACUUGAGGUCAGCAUCCAUCUGUCUGUCAAAAGUGGUGUACCCCAUACAUCUAGCAAUAUUACUUUGUAAUAAAUGGCAACUUUCACAUGAAUGCUGAUUACUAUGUUUUAAUUAGGGACACCAGUCUAAGUAGGAGUGCCCUAUAAUGAUAACUCUGUCUGCAAUGCCCCAGUUAAGCUGCAUACAUGCCAAUGAAAUUUAUCAAUUACCCCUUGAAAUUUGUAUGACCCCAUACUUAUAAUGCUUAUAACAUUGGAAUUACUUAACCACAUUUUAUGAGUGUACCUUUUAGGUAAGCAUGAUUUAAAAAAAAAAAUUACUUUACCCCUCAUGUUUCUUAAGUGUAAGUACAAAUAACUGUCUUUAAAGAUAUUAUCUGGAUCACUGCAGUGUCGUCCACAAAUUUAUUUUCGUUGUGAUUACUUCAGUAUUAAUAAUUUUGUUGACCAAAUUUCAUAAAAUAGGUAAAGAUGUUCAGUUCACAUACGGUAAAUACAUGCUGAGGUCAAAGGUCAAGGUCAUUAGGGUCAAGCUAAUUUUUUGUAUUUUUACUGAUAAAAUUUUAUGACAUUAAUUAGUGAAGUUGGUUAACUGAACAAAGGUUAAGGUCAUUUGGAUCCAAAGGUCAAGUUAAUAGUGGAUCUCUGACAAUGACUGUGCUAGUGGGGAAGAUUUAACGUUAAAUAAAACAAAUCAAAACUAACAAAUGAGUAAUAUAAUUAUUGAUAUUUAAACUUCCGUGAUCCCCGCAAAUAUGAAGGUGGAAUGAAACAAAAGUCACCUCUUAGUACAUUUAUAAUGUAUAUAUUUCUUUCUUGUGAUCAUUAUUGAAGUCCAAAUGUCCAUUGUCAACCACAGUUAUAUGGGUAGAUGGCUUUGUGAUGAAUAUGGGGGAUACAGUAUAUAGCCACAUGACUGGGCCCAUGCUGACCUGUCAGUAUUCUAGUUUGAUCUGUCACUUGCCUUAUAGACAUGUACAUAUAAAACUAUUGAACCAGUUCAAUAAAUUCCACAGGACAUAGCUACAAGUGAAGGAUUAUGUUUAUCACUAAACUUAUACAUUAUGUAUUUAUAAAAAUAAAAGCGAAAACUCUCAAAUUAAUUUCUAAAUUAGACAGGUGAAUUUUGAGGUGGAGAGUACUUUUUUAUCUACAGAAACAUUCACCUGAGGUGGAGAGUACAUUUUUAUCUACAGAAACAAUCGUGUUAUGACGUUUUAUAUUAUAGUGAUGUCACAAUAUUGUUAUUACCCAGCUAUAUAAUAUUUACAAUAAAGCUGUUUUAUAUACAUGUAAAAAAAAAUGUAGUAGAACAGGCCAGUUAUUUGAUCAACCGGUACCAUUGUAUAUGUUAUAAUUUGUCCCCUAAUUAACAACCAACGGGUCGUGAUGUAAUCAAGAUAUGCACUGGAAUUUUAAAUAUUGGAAUGCUAUUAUUCCAGUUAUUUCUUAAAAUGUGUGUAUAAUUAAAAAAAAAUAAAUAAAUUGAUGCUUCAUAUUAUAA